AUGCCGGCCAGCUCCCUCCCGGCGUCCCCCGACGCCGCCGGCGACAUUGGCGCCGCGCUCGCGCUCGACAUCGAGGACCUCGCCGUCGGCGGCGGCGCGGACUGCAUCGGCAGGCUCUCCUGUGGCAGACGCAGCAGCUUCUCAUACCGCCGCCUUCCCGAGCCGCGCCUCCACCUCACCGUUCAGAAGCUCGACGACUCCUUCUUCGACAUUGAAAUCGCGCGUUCGGCCACGGUGUGGGAGCUGAAGGUGGCCAUCGAGAACUUGUUCUCCGACCUCUAUGACGACGCCCAGAAGACCAUCUCUUGGAAUCACGUGUGGAGUCACUUCUGCUUAUGCUUCAAGAACGAGAGACUGAUUGAUGACAAGGCAACAUUGCGUGGGUUUGGUAUAAGAGACGGUGAUGUGCUUCAUUUUGCUCAGCAUCUCUCUGUUGACUACAGCCCAUGCAGGAGUCUUCCCAAAUACCAGAAGGAACCAUCUCAUACUCACAGAAGGUCAAGGACUUCGUUGGAUGGUUACAGGCUAGUGAGUUUGUUGGAUGAUCUCAGCGAAGAUGAGGGUGAGAAGUUUACUAAUAGCAGGUGCUCUACGAGUGUCUUAGAAGAUCCUUGUGUUUUCGAGUACAAUGAGGUCCAUGAGGAGCACGUGGAAGAAGAAACUCCCAAGAAAGGAAGUCUGUUCCACAGAUGGUUCUCUUCCUCUAAACUGAGGAGUAACAGGAGGACACAUGCUGAAGACACCGUGCCACUAUCUAAUGAGAAGAAAAAUGCUCAUCCAAAGCUGGGGAAGUGGUUCACCUUCAAAUUCUGA